GCAAUUUACUCGUCGCGCCACCGCAUUGGUCCGCUUGCUAUUGCUCGGCACCCACGGCCUGCCUUGCUCUCGGACAGGGUUUCGCCGCGUACCCCCAGCCAUGGCCGCGACUACGGCCGCCUCGCUACCACGCCUCUCCCUCCCGCCGCCGGCCGCUCUCCCUGCCGUCACCUCCUCUCGCUUCCGCCCCGACCUCGCCUCCGUCCCCAGCCGCCGCCGCGUCGGCCUCCGACUCCACCGCUCGCCGGUGGCACCUGCAGCUGCGGCGAGCUCUCCAUCCGCUCCGUCUUCUUCUCCGGAACCAGGGUCGGGUAUCGGUGAUGCCCUCGGUGGCGUCGCCAUCUUCUCCGCGGCCACCGGCGAGCCCGUCCUGAUCAGAGAUCUGUGGGACCAGAACGAGGGAAUGGCUGUCGUCGCGUUGCUAAGGCAUUUCGGAUGUCCAUGCUGUUGGGAGUUGGCCUUGACGUUGAAGGACGCGAAGGAAAGAUUUGAUUCUGCUGGCGUCAAACUAAUUGCCGUUGGUGUUGGCACUCCUGAUAAAGCCCGUAUUCUUGCUGAGCGUUUGCCCUUUCCAUUGGAUUACCUCUAUGCAGACCCUGAGCGCAAGGCUUAUGAUCUCUUGGGCCUGUAUUUUGGUGUUGGUCGCACAUUCUUCAACCCAGCCAGUGUGAAAGUGUUUUCUCGGUUUGAUUCCCUCAAGGAGGCAACAAAGAACUAUACAAUCGAAGCCACCCCAGAUGACAGGCCAAGUGUGCUGCAACAGGGUGGAAUGUUCGUGUUCAAAGGGAAAGAACUGUUAUAUGCGAGGAAGGAUGAGGGCACAGGGGAUCAUGCACCAUUAGAUGAUGUCCUGAACAUCUGCUGUAAAGUUCCAGUGGCCUGAUGUCGAAUCCUACCAACGGGUGCUUCUCGUACAUACAUUUCAUAAGCUUGGCAUCAGAUAACUUUCAAGGCAUUGGACCCCGAUGAGCUUACCAGGGUUGGUCGUUUUUGGUAGAUAUAUGUAACUGAUUAUGGACACUGCACAGUGAGCUAAAAUACAGCGAUACAUUAUAAUCAGCCUGUGUAUUGGACCUAUCGGCUUUAUUAUUAAUUUAAAGCCAGGUGCUUCUUGGGCCUUUCCUCUGAAAAAAUAUAGCAAUACUGUAUAUAUAUUAUAUAUAUAACACUAAUCUUCCUAGAA